AUGCAGAAAGGAAAGGCUAAGCUGGGUCAGUUGGACUUGGAGGGAGCUCUGAUUGCCAGAGACCGAGUUGGCAUCCAGGAUUUUGUACUUCUCGAUGCCCACAACAGUGAAACAGCCUUCCUGGACAAUUUGAAGAAACGUUUCUCAGAGGAUUUGAUAUACACUUACAUAGGUACUUUGCUGAUAUCCGUAAACCCAUACAAAGUGUUGGACAUCUACACCAAGAAGCAGAUGGAUCUCUACAUGGGAGUGAACUUCUUUGAGCUUCCUCCUCAUAUCUAUGCAUUAGCAGAUAAUGCAUACCACACCAUGUUAAUGGAAGCCAACAAUCACUUUAUUCUGAUAUCUGGGGAGAGUGGAGCAGGCAAAACAGAGGCCUCCAAAAAGAUCUUGCAGUACUAUGCAGUCAGCUGCCCUAGCAUCACUUUGCUAGACACUGUGAGAGACCGCAUGCUCAUGUCCAACCCUGUACUAGAGGCCUUUGGAAAUGCAAAGACAAUGAAAAAUGACAACUCCAGUCGUUUUGGGAAGUAUAUGGACAUCCAGUUUGACAGCCAGGGGGAUGCUGUUGGUGGCCACAUCCUCAGCUACCUCCUGGAAAAGUCCAGAGUAGUCCACCAAAACCACGGUGAGAGAAACUUUCAUAUAUUCUAUCAGCUGGUAGAGGGAGGUGAAGAAGACCUACUGAGGCACCUGGGAUUGGAAAAGGACACAAAGCAUUAUUGCUAUCUAGUUCAGGGAGAAAGUCCCAACGUAAACUCCAUUAAUGACAAGAAUGAUUGGAAAACAGUUAAAAAUGCAUUAUCGGUCAUUGACUUUGAUGCCAAUGAUAUUGAACACCUCUUUGGAAUCAUAGCUAGUGUUCUCCAUUUGGGGAAUGUGCAGUUUGGUGGGGACACCAUAGGCUAUGCUAUUCUAAACUCCAAUGCAGAACUGCGCUGGGUAUCCAAACUGCUAGAGGUCCAUUUCCAGGUGCUUCAUGAAGCCCUCACAUACAGGAAGAUUGAAGCCAAAUCAGAGGAGGUCCUGAGUCCAUUCACUAUAGAUCAUGCUGUCUAUGCGAGAGAUGCCCUGGCCAAAGCAAUUUAUAGUCGUACCUUCACAUGGCUGGUCAACAGGAUCAAUAAGUCUCUGGAGAAUAAGGAUUCAAGCAGGAAGACAGUCAUUGGAUUGUUAGACAUCUAUGGCUUUGAGGUAUUCAGUGUGAACAGCUUUGAGCAGUUUUGCAUAAACUUCUGUAAUGAGAAGCUACAGCAACUCUUCAUUCAGCUGACACUGAAGGCUGAACAGGAGGACUAUGAAGCAGAAGGAAUUGGGUGGGAGCCAGUGCAGUUCUUUAACAAUAAAAUCAUCUGUGACCUGGUGGAGGAGAAGCACAGGGGAAUCAUUUCUGUGCUGGAUGAGGAGUGUCUGCGACCAGGUGACGCUACUGAUCUCACAUUUCUCGAGAAGCUUGAGCAGAGAAUGGGAAAUCAUCCCCAUUUUGUGACGCAUAAGUUAGCUGAUAAAAAGACCCGAAAGACUCUGGAGAGAGGGGACUUUCGUCUUCUUCAUUAUGCAGGAGAAGUGACCUACUGCGUUGUGGGCUUCAUCGACAAAAACAAUGAUCUUUUGUACAAGAACAUCAAAGACGUGAUGUGCUUGUCAAAAAACCCGAUAAUACAGGAGUGCUUUCCAGCCACUGAAGCAGACAGCAGAAGGCCUGAGACAGUGGCCACUCAGUUUAAGAACAGCCUACUUCGACUGACGGAGAUUCUAACAGCUAAGGAGGCGUGGUAUGUGCGUUGCCUCAAGUCCAAUGAUAAUAAGCAGCCAGGCAAGUUUGAUGAAGUCCUGGUGAGACACCAGGUGAAAUAUCUGGGCUUAAUGGAGCACCUGAGGGUCAGACGAGCUGGAUUUGCAUAUCGGCGUAGAUACGAUAUCUUCCUACAGAGGUAUAAAGCACUUUGUCCUGCCACUUGGCCCCACUGGAGAGGUGUACCUUCAGAUGGGGUGGAAAAACUGGUGCAACAUCUGGGCUACCAGCCUGAUGAGUAUAAAAUGGGCAGGACAAAGAUAUUCAUACGAUAUGCGAGGACACUUUUUGCCACUGAAGAUGCUUUUGAAAUCUGCAAACAUGAACUGGCUACAAGAAUACAGGCCAAAUACAAAGGCUACAGGGCCAAAGGAGAGUUUAGAAAACAGAAGGAAGCUGCUACAAAAAUUGAGACAUGCUGGAGAGGGGUGCAGGCACGGAAGGAGAGAGAGCGCAGAGCCUGGGCUGUCAAAGUCAUUAAAAAGUUUAUCAAGGGCUAUAUGACCCGUCGUGAGGCAAAAACUACAGACAACUCAGAAUACCUGGCCUUUGUUCGACAGAGCUACCUGAAUAGACUGAAAGAUAACUUACCAAAGACCGUAUUGGACAAGACAACAUGGCUGACACCUCCCCCAGUUGUGAAAGAGACCUCAUCAAUUCUGCGUCAGCUGCACACUCGUAUGAUGGUGAGGAAUUAUGUGCGGGGAAUCACACCACAGAAAAAAGCACAGCUGCAACAAAAAGUAGUAACCAGUGCCAUCUUUAAGGGAAAGAAGGAAAGCUAUCCUCAGAGCAUCCCUGUGCCUUUUAUGGACACCAGGAUCAAUGAACAAGACAUCAAUAUGAGGGUCCUUCAGACUAUACGACAUGAACGUAUCAAGUACCGCAUUCCUGUGGUGAAGUAUGACAGGAAUGGAUGUAAACCCAGACAAAGGCAACUUAUUCUUACUCAGGCUGCUGUGUACCUGGCAGAAGAAGCUAAGAUCAAACAGAGGGUGGACUAUGUUUCUCUAAAAGGUGUUUCUGUCAGUAAUCUGGGCGACUCCAUCAUGAUCCUCCAUGUUACUUGUGGUGAUCCAAAACAGAAGGGGGACCUGGUACUUCAGUGUGACCACUUGUUUGAAGCUUUGACCAAACUGGCUAUGCUUGCAAACAAGCAGAAUAACAUCAAGGUGGUUCAGGGAAGCAUAAAGUUCGAGAUCCAGGUGGGCAAAGAGAGCUGCGUGGACUUCAGCACUGGACAGGAACCUAUGGUUUAUAAAGGCAAAAAUGGAAAUCUGAUGGUGGUGGCCCCACAGAUCAAGUCUCGAUGAUCUGAAGGCGGUCUCGGAGUCUGUGUAUAUUGCAUGAGGGAAACCCUGGGAAGAGGAUGUCUUACUCCAACACUCACACAACCUUUAUACUUCUAAGAGCUCAGUAUAUGGAAAUCCAAAGCACUUAAGUAAAUACUGAAUUUUCUAAAUAAUUAUUGCAAAGAUCAAACAAAUGUUGUGUUGUCAGAUCACCAUUCUAGCAACCACCUAUCUAUUCCCAACAAGCCACAGUGAACAAUUGGGUUAAUUUCAUGCUAUGUUGCUGAGCCAUAUUUACAGUGAAUCUGAAAAGUAUUCACACCGCUUCACUUUUUCCACAUUUUGUUAUGUUACAGCCUUAUUCCAAAAUGUAUUAAAUUCAUUAUCUUCCUCAAUUCUACAAACAAUACCCCAUAAUGACAAAGAAGUUUGUUUGAAAUCUUAGCAAAUUUAUUACUUGUGAUAUAUAUAUCACAUGUACACAAGUAUUCACAGCCUUUGCUCAAUACUUUGUUGAAGCAUCUUUGGCACCAAUUACAGCCUCAAGUCUAUUUGAGUAUGAUGCUACAAGCUUGGCACACCUAUUUUUGGGCAGUUUCUCCCAUUCUUCUUUGCAGGACCUCUCAAGCUCCAUCAGGUUGGAUGGGGAGCAUCAGUGCACAGCCAUUUUCAGAUCUUUCCAGAGAUGUUCAAUCGGGUUCAAGUCUGGGCCACUCAAGAACAUUCACAGAGUUGUCCCGUAGCCACUCCUUUGUUAUCUUGGCUGUGUGCUUAGGGUCGUUGUCCUAUUGGAAGAUGAACCUUCGCCCCAGUCUGAGGUCCAGAGCACUCUGGAGCAGGUUUUCAUCAAGGAUGUCUCUGUACAUUGCUGCAUUCAUCUUUCCCUCAAUCCUAACUAGUCUCCCAGUUCCUGCUGCUGAAAAACAUCCCCACAGCAUGAUGCUGCCACCACCAUGCUGCUGCCUCCACCAUGCUUCACUGUAGGGAUGGUAUUGGCCAGGUGAUGAGAGGUGCCUGGUUUACAUGACGCUUGCCAUUCAGGCCAAAGAGAUCAAUCUUUGUUUCUCAUGGUCUGAGUGUCCUUCAGGUGCCUUUUGGCAAACUCAAGGCGAGCUGUCAUGUCUGGCCACUCUUCCAUACAGGCCUGAUUGGUGGAGUGCUGCAGAGAUGGUUGUUCUUCUGGAAGGUUCUCCUCUCUCCACAGAGAAAUGCUGGAGCUCUGUCAGAGUGACCAUCGGGUUCUUGGUCACCUCCCUGACUAAGGCCCUUCACCCCCGAUCACUCAGUUUGGCCAGGCAGCCAGCUCUAGGAAGAGUCCUGGUGGUUCCAAACUUCUUCCAUUUACGGAUGAUGGAGGCCACUGUGCUCAUUGGGACCUUCAAUGCUGCAGAAAUGUUUCUGUACCCUUCCCCAGAUCUGUGCCUCAAUACAAUCCUGUCUCAGAGGUCUACAGACAAUUCCUUGGACUUCAUGGCUUGGUUUGUGCUCUGACAUGCACUGUUAACUGUGGGACCUUAUAUAGACAGGUGUGUGCCUUUCCAAAUCAUGUCCAGUCAACUGAAUUUACCACAAGUGGACUCCAAUCAAGUUGUAGAAACAUCUCAAUGAUGAUCAGUGGAAACAGGAUGCACCUGAGCUCAAUUUUGAGUGUCACGGCAAAGGCUGUGAAUACUUAUAUACAUGUGAUUUUUUCGUUUUUUAUUUUUAAUAAACUUGCAAAGAUUUCAACAAACUUCUUUCACGUUGUCAUUAUGGGGUAUUGUUUGUAUAAUUUUGAGGAAAAUAAUGAAUUUAAUCCAUUUUGGAAUAAGGCUGUA